AUGAGAAUCAUUUGGUGCACAGGAGCUGACGCUGUGGAAGCUCAGUGUAAGAGAUUUGAAGUGAGAGCAAGCGAAGAUGGCAGGGUGCUGUUUUCUGCAGAUGAAGAUGAGAUUACCAUUGGGGCUGAAAAGCUGAAAGUUACAGGCACUGAAGGCGCAGUGUUCGGGCACUCUGUGGAGACGCCUCACAUCAGAGCAGAACCAUCCCAAGAUCUCAGGCUUGAAUCACCCACCAGAUCCUUGAUAAUGGAAGCUCCUCGUGGGGUCCAGGUGAGCGCUGCUGCAGGGGACUUCAAGGCCACCUGCAGGAAAGAGCUCCAUUUGCAGUCUACAGAGGGGGAGAUAUUUUUAAAUGCAGAUACAAUCCGGCUGGGAAAUCUACCAACCGUCUCCUCUUCGUCUCCUUCACCAAGCUCCUCAAAUUCUCGACAGACAGUGUAUGAACUCUGUGUCUGCCCCAAUGGCAAACUGUACCUUUCCCCAGCAGGAGUAGGUUCCACUUGUCAGUCCAGUAGCAACAUCUGUUUGUGGAGCUGAAGUGACUGAUUUCUCCUCACACCAGAAUAGCCUUUUGUUCCUGUCCGUCUGCUUCACAGUUCUGCUCGAUUUCCCUUGUGAUCAGUCCAGAGUGUCUUCACAUGGUCCACGGAGCGACUUCUUCCAGUGUGAGCAGGCAUUCACGGCCACCUUCUCUUGUGAUUUACUGCACUUGUGAUUUACCGCACUGCUCAACACAGAGUGUAUGAGUGACACAGCAGAGGAAAAAAUCAUCUUCAGCAGGAAACUGGAUCAUAACUUUUGCUCAAAAGGGAGAAUAACAUAGGUGCCUUUGCUACAUGAAGUGAAGCACACAGUUUUAGAUUUUUGCAGGACCUGGAUAUGAACCGCACAUAUACACAUUGCAUAGAUGAAAUUCCCAGUAUCCAAUGGCAAAAUGAAAUGGUUAACCCUGUGAGAAAACUAAUUCUACAGUCUGAAAGCACAAUUUUCCAUUCAUCUUUUUGGAUGUAUACUUUUAUCCCCGAAUUUUAAAUGUUUGAAGCAUUAUGUAAUGCUUACUUUACUAAAAAAUUAAAUUCAAUACAUGGUUUU